AUGCCCCAACGGUCUCAGACCUUCAGGCAAGGGAAGCGGCCCUCCUUACGCCACCUGAUUCACCCUUCCCAAGGCGCAGCCGGACCAGGCCUGUCCAAACCCGUCGACACCAUUUAUUUUCUUGCUUCUUCACUCAUUCAAAAGUCUGGCCGGCUACCCGUCUUGGCUUUGAACUUCAUCCGUCACAGAAUCAUCAUCAUCAAGCGCUUGAUCAUGACGGAGCGUUCGACAUUAGCCCUCGUGGUUCGACUACUGCCAGUCAUAUUUUCCGUCUUGCUCUUCUUCGCAAUUACAGUGCACCAAGUACUUCCAUCCGACGAUCCAUAUCGAUGCAGAGCGCUGCUGGGGAACAGCGAGCGAAAUGGAAGCUGGCUUCACAAAGCAGAUAUCGACGGCGCGAGGCGUCCCUUUACCAACUGGCAACCUGACGGAUGCAUGCUGCACCACUAUAAGGCACAGGAGAUUAGGGACUGUAUGGGUGAACGACAUGCUGUCUUCUCAGGAGACUCUACGACAAGACAGAUCUUCUGGGGCAUGGCGCGAAUUCUGAAUCGCGAAAAAGCUAAUGAUGGUCGCCAUCAUCUCAACCCUCACAAGAGUUACAACAUGACGAUAGGAGGUGUCCGAAUGAUACAUAUCUGGAACCCAUUCUGGAAUACCUGGAGGCAUAAGAAGAUCUCCUUCACGGACCAACUCGAAUUGAUGAACAAGCACAAGCACGAUCCCUCCACUGAGAAACAGGAACUUGGAUCACCCGGGCUCAUUAUGCUCGGUGCUGGAGCUUGGUACGCCGGCAACUUCCAUCCUAAUGAGUCUGCGGUUAAGUGGGAAGGGGCAUUGAACAACGUCACCGAGCGCCUUGGGUUUGCUGAUCUGCCCAGAUGGGGCACAACACCCAUGGACCCUGUGGAAGGUAUGGGCAACGAGGCAUUCAUUGCUCCUGUCGCACCCCCGUUCUAUGACCAUAUGCCUUCACGCAGAACAGGGCCUGGAGGUGUCGAGAAAGGAGAGGUCGAGGCUAUCGACAAGUACACUUAUACGCAGGAGGACCCGCAGAACAUCCGCCUACUCCGAGCUUUCCCUCAACUGUCCGUCAAUCAGCCUGAAGCGAUCGUCGACAAGACGGAUACUGGCUUCCAUGUCAUUGACUCAGUGGCCGAGAUCAAAGCCAACAUUCUCCUCAACGCUCGUUGUAAUGCGAAACUUGACCGGAUGUAUGGCUACCCAUACACUCGAUCCUGUUGCACUGACUACGGAGGUCGCUCAUGGACCCAGAAUUUUAUUCUGUUCUUUGUUGCUGUCUACGCCGUCGCGUGCGUUUGCUUCGAGGGUUUCACCUUCGUUUCCUCGCUUCAGAUCAGAGGGCUUGACUUGAAGGUGGGCAUUUUUGCUGUCGCCCUCAUUUACUGCUUCGCUGCCGACCGCACCCAUCUCUUCCCUAAGGGUAUGAAGGAAUUCGUUCCUAGAGAAUUCUGGGUUCUCAUUACGAUAUGUUCACUUAUUGGUGGACUUACCAUUCGCAUGGUUAAGUUUCGCGCGCCUCGUCUCCCCACGAUUAUGACUGUCGCCGCACCCGAUGCCGAAGUCGAGGGUGGCCGUGAAGCGCCGCCUAAGCCCACGACACCCGCUCAGGAUGCUGGCAUCCUAGCCAGAGACCAGACUGAGGAAUGGAAGGGAUGGAUGCAAGCUGCUAUUCUUGUCUACCACUGGACGGGUGCCUCUAAGGAUCUUCCUAUCUAUAUCUUCAUUCGGUUGCUCGUCGCUGCCUAUCUGUUCCAAACUGGGUAUGGUCACACCAUCUACUUCCUCUCCAAGAGAGACUUUUCGUUCCGCCGCGUCGCAAGUGUUAUGCUUCGUCUCAACAUCCUCAGUUGCGCACUACCAUACGUCAUGGGCACUGACUACAUGUUCUACUACUUUGCGCCUCUUGUCAGCUUCUGGUUCAUGGUAGUCUAUGCCACCAUGGCUAUCUGUUCCGGGUUCAAUGACAGCAUCAAGGUUCUGGGUAGCAAGAUUCUGGCAUCCUUCGUCUUUGUCAGUCUGGUGCUCAACUUCACACCUCUGAUGAAGUGGCUGUUUGCCAUCCUCGAGCUCGUCUUCCGCAUCAAGUGGGAUCUCGCUGAGUGGGAGUUCAGAGUUACCCUUGAUGGAGCUAUUGUGUUCGUUGGUAUGCUGGCUGGUGUGAUCCACCAACGGGUUGAGCGCGACGCAUUCUGGUACACCAACUACAAGUUUUGGAUCAUGCCAUCGAUCAUGUCUAUCGCAGGCUUCACAUACCUGUGCAGCUCUAUGAGCGACAAGGCUAUCUACGUCAUGCUUCAUCCUAUCAUCUCCAUCUUCCCUGUCCUCGCCUUUAUCUGUCUUCGAAAUGCUUCGACGUCCAUGCGCAACCACUACUCCACGGCCUCAGCAUGGCUUGGCAAAUGCUCUCUUGAGACUUUCAUCCUCCAGUUCCACGUUUUCCUUGCUGGUGACACCAGAGGUGUUCUUCUCUUGGAUAUUUUCAAGGGUGAUGGUAGUCUUUUGGGCGAUCGCUGGCGCGACCUGGCUGUUCUCGUUCCCAUCUUCUUCUGGAUCAGCCACUUGGUUGCCGAAGCGUCUGGCCACAUUGUGAAGAUGAUCAUGGGCGAGUCCAAGCAAAGACCAACUCUUCAUGACCCCGAGGAUGACGAUGAGAAUCAACUUAAGAUUGUUGAGCCCGUGUGGGAGAGGAUGCCGAUGCUUAACAGCAUGCACUUGGAGCGUGCCAGGGACUUUUGCAAGUCUGUUAGCAGCGGACUUCACCUGCGCGUAGGCGCCAUUCUCGGAGUUAUGAUGCUACUCAACUGGCUGUAUUAA